AAUUUGGAACGUCUGGACAAGUGGUAGAGCUUUUUCACGGUGUCGAUAGAGACGCUGAGGACUUAUCAGAGCCACAGUUGGGCCAAAAACCUAAUUGCCACCGCACAGACCUGUGUUGAUUGCAAAUAUUGUAUAGUGCGUUCUCCUUACCCUCAAACCCGCACAUUUGGGGGGUUAAGCUGUUUUGUGGGUGGUAGAUGGUUAAUUCUGUGUAUCAACUCUGUAAAAGAACCACCCUCAGAAUUGAUUUGGCGUGGAAUCCGGGUCAAAAAUUACUGCAAGAUUUUUCUUGUGAACAGUGAGUACCGAAGUGUUUUGUGAAGUGAUAAAAAUUUAUAGGGAUAACCUAUUGGCCGUUGGGAAAUUAUUUUCAAAAAAAUACAAAAGAAAAGAAAUUACAUUAUUACAUAAUGCCCCUUGCAAGAAUGCACCCAAGUGUUGGAGGUUCUCCUCUGCCCUAGAAAGCUCCCCAAUUGAACCACCAGCUAGAGAUUGUCCUGAAAAUCUUAUACAUUGAACGUUUUAGAGGGCAUUUUUCGGUCAUAGGUCAGAUACAAUCACUCCAAUUAGUGGGUGGGAUAAUUAAUUAUUACAUGCAUGCACUUUGCAAAAUUACCCCACUAAGUAGUCGAAGGGUUAAUGGGAAAAAUAUUUCAAUGACACACCCCAUUGAAAAUUCUCCCAGGACUACAUUUUAAUUUACUCAUUGCUUCAUUUACGUUCUUUUUUUUUUAAACUGUGUAACACCCAAAAAAAACACAAUCUCAACCUCUUUAGAGCCCAAGCUUGUAGUCCAUUAAUUUUCAUUAACACCUCUUUUCAGGGGAUUCGUGUAAAAUAACAAAAAAAAAGAAAAUUCUCAGUGCCUCGUCUUACCAAAAAAAAAAAAAAACGAAAAAUAAUUCAUUAGUGCUAUGUGUUUGAAUUUCUGAAAAGUGCAACAAAAAAUUGAAUUAAAUAAAUUGUCUCUGACCCCUGUUCUGGGGGAUGAAUGUGAGACAAUUGGCCACUUCUCUCUCCCAAUUGGACACUAACAACGGUAAGGAUUUCCCAAACGGCUUCGAAGAAGCUCUACAACUCCAGGAAUCUUCACCGACUCUCACGUUAAUCUCAUCAAAAGGAUCUGCUGAUUCAAACUAUUCUCAGCCUUCAUCCGAUCUGUCGCUGGACGAGGAAAAAGAAUCGCUUCGGCGAGAAAAAGAGCGACAGGCUUUAGGGCAGUUGGAAAAAGCAAGAAACAAACCAGUAGCUUUUGCAGUAAGGACCAAUGUCUCAUACGAUGGCAGUGUCGAUGAUGAUUCUCCAGUUCAUGGCAGUGCAGUGUCUUUCGAAGUCAGAGACUUCCUGCACAUUAAGGAAAAGUACGACAAUAAUUGGUGGAUUGGCAGGCUGGUUAAGGAGGGCUGUGAUGUGGGGUUUAUACCCAGUCCUGUUAAGCUAGAGCAUAUUCGAAUGCAGGCAUCUGCAGCCCGAUCUUCAAGACUGUAUGCAACCAAAGGUUCGUCGAGUGGUAAUUUGGGGGGCCCUGGAGCACAAGGUGCGGAGCCCUCACGAGGUAGCACACCCCCAACACCUGGAGAUGAAUCAGACUCAAUGGGACCCUCCCGACACGUCAAAACCCCCCUUGCCACGCCACCCACGAAGGAGAAACGGAAGCCUUUCUUCAAGAAACAGGAGACAUCAUCACCCUAUGACGUAGUGCCCUCAAUGAGACCCGUGGUUCUGGUGGGACCGAGCUUAAAGGGAUACGAGGUGACGGAUAUGAUGCAGAAGGCCCUUUUUGACUUCCUAAAGCAUCGCUUUGAAGGACGCAUCAUCAUAACGCGCGUCAUGGCUGAUAUAUCACUGGCGAAGCGCUCCCUCAUGAACAAUCCCUCCAAAAGGGCCAUCAUGGAGCGCUCCAACAGUCGCUCAUCGUGCCUGGCCGAGGUGCAGGCUGAAAUUGAGCGGAUAUUCGAAUUGGCCAGGACUCUUCAAUUAGUUGUACUCGAUUGUGAUACUAUAAAUCAUCCGUCACAGCUAGCAAAAACUUCUUUAGCGCCAACUAUAGUUUACUUAAAAAUUAGUAGCAGUAAGGUUUUACAGCGAUUAAUUAAAUCACGCGGAAAAGCGCAGGCUAAGAAUUUGUCAGUACAAAUGGUGGCAGCAGAAAAACUAGGACAGUGUCCGCCAGAAAUGUUCGAUGUGAUAUUAGAUGAGAAUCAAUUGGAGGAUGCAUGUGAACAUAUUGCGGAGUAUCUUGAGGCUUACUGGAGAGCUACUCAUCCUCCACAAAGGCCAAAUACUCAAGUACCAAGACCACUACCAUCUCAGGAAGCUUCACCAUCAGCUGACCAAUCUCACAUGGGUCCAACACCUCCAGCAGAUAGAGAAAGAGAAACAUACAGUACACGAAAUGAUAGAGAGAGGGAUCGAGGUGCAUCCUAUCAUCACAACAGGAGAUCACUGGCAAGACAUGACCGGGAACGUGAACGUGAACGUGAGCGAUUGCACGCAAGAGAACGCGAUAUGGUCCACUACGAUCUCAACGACGACGAUCUCCUGAAUGAACGAAGCUACGGUUCGGAUUAUCCCACGGGACGACCCAGUGGUGGACAUCAUAUGCCCCACAGGCAUCCCGAAGAUGCUGAAAUGAUGCGAGAGCCCCGUGAUCGGUACAUGGCCCAAGAUCGCGGAGCCCGACGCGAUCGGGAUGACUACAGCCCCCACAGGAGCAGCGGCAGCAGUAGAAGGGUGCUCAAUGCCAUGUAGGAAUCGUGGAUUUAGGGGUGGGACCAGAGCGAUCUCGAGAGUGCCAAUGAGUUUGAGUGAGUGGGAGACUUCGACAAAAAACUUCCACCCACUUGAUCCUCAUUGACUGAUCGUCUAGUCCCAUUCCUUCAUCCUAUCCGCUUAUCUUUUGGCUCACACACACAAACCAUUCUCCAGCUUCACCAUUGUCAUCGUGAUCAUCAUAAACACCGAUCAGUCCACCAGUUGGACGGCCUGACGCCCUAUUUCUACGCGAAACACUCUCGAUUUGCAUGAAAUGCUCAAGGGUGAUUCGUGGCUUUCCAACUAUUGCACUGAUAUAUCAAUCUGGAUCAUUUUGUGAGUAAAGGGAUCUUUUUAUCAUUCUUUUUGUUGGCUCAAGUCUUUGACUACGAAUUUUUCAACAGUAUUGAAUUCAAUUUUUGGCAGUUAAAAGUCAAAUUUUGUCAGUAAAAGAUAUAAACAAUUUAAAAAUUCCAUCUACCUUUGUCGUAUCUGCACAAAAUCGUAAAUAAUGCAGUUACGACAAAAGUUGACAAACACGACAAUAUUGAGUUUCAUCUGAUUUCUUUUAAUUUAUUUAUUUGUUCUAAAGAAAGAACAUUUUAAAUUUUAUUUUGGACGAAAAAAAAACACUUUUUUAUUGACUAAAUAUGAUCUAAUGCUGCAAAAAUGACUUGAAUACUGCUAUAAAACUUUUUAAACCCUACUUUUCUUUCAAUCUUAAAGAAAAUCAAAUCUAUUACUUGCAAAGUGAACCAAAACAAAAAUUAUAUAGCAUUAACAAAAAUAUCUCCGCAAAUUAUUCUAAUUCAUCAAAAGAAAUUUAAAAAGAAAAGUACGAUAAAGAUCACAAAUCGAUCAUUUAUCGAAUGAAUAAGAUAAUUCACGCAUUAGUUUUAUGGUUUCAUUGUAAAUAUAAACUUAAAGAUAAAAUUAGAAUUUAUUUUCAAAUUAAGAUUUAAAAAAAAAAACACGUAAUUUUGAAAGCUUUAAAUGAGGCUUAUGGAACCAAACAAAAAAAAGUAAAGAAGAGAAGUAAAAAAAAAAACAAGGUAAAUUCUAGUCGAAACGCAUUUUCUUCAACUGAAGCGCGACUUAUUCUCUUUAACACAAAUUUCUUUGCUGAGAUAUAACCAAAAAAACAAAAUAAAAAAAGAAUGACCCUCCAGAAAUAUUAAUAUAGUUCUUAAAAUAAAAAAAAAACUGAUAAUGAAAAAUCACUGCAAUUUCAUUUUCUGCCACACUCUUGAGAGUAUGAAAGCAAUAAAAGAAUGUCUAAACACUU